AUGCUGACUCGGCUGCACUGCAUCGCACUGAUCGUGGCGGCUGCCACCAUCGAGCAGGCAAUUGGUUCGAAGGCGAUGUACGAGCGUUUCGAGCAGUUUUUCGGCGAGGAGUACAUUGAGCUUGAUUUACGUGUGCGAAAGUACAACCGCACCAUGAUGACGCUCAACGGGACGAUCUACGUGAAGCAGGAUUUAAACGAUUCGCUGGUGUUCAGUAGUGAUGUGUUUCACAGCCGACUCGGCAAUCAGCAGUUCCAGCACUACCCGAUGCAUCUGCCGACGAGUGGUUUCUGUGAAUUCAUCAAAAAUGUGCACGAAAGCUACGCGACGGUCAUCGCAGAUAUCGUGAACAUACCCAUGACGGACGAUUGUCCUGUUUCGCAGCGGAACAUGCUCGUGCAGGACGAGGAGUUCAAAACGGAGGUGUUGCCCGAAUCGAUGGCGUACGGGCUGUGGAAGAUGGUGAUAUCGGGCGUGCUAAACGAGGAAACCGUUAUACGCUUCAUGGUGAGCAUUCGUUUGUCCGACAACUAUAUGUGA